GAUGCGAGAGUUUGUGUUCUCGAAAUAGACUACGGAAAAUUGUUUCCUCCUCUAAAUCUUAGGAGUCGAUUCCUAGCGGAAUUGAAGCUUGACACCCAGAAAUGGGAGUUGACACCGGGCAAGGAGUCGAGGAAUCGAUUAUUUUGGAGUCGGUUUCCCACCACUAUUCAGGAGCGGCAUUCCUUUGCAGACAAGUUAAAUGCCCGUUCAUUGGCUCUUCGAAACUACAGUAUCUCCAAAGAAGGUUUCGUGGCGGCAUUUAAAAAGCCCUAGUGUAUACCCUUUCAGACAAACAAACAUGCGGUAGCGGAGGCGCUUUCAAGGCGCCACAUUCCAUAUGUCUGAAAGAGGUAGGCUAUAUGAAUGGAGUAGGCUAGUUGAGGAUGAGCUACGACGGGACAAAUCGUUCUUCUUUGAACAUCGUUCUUCUUGCAAAGCAUGUACACGUUUUAAUCGAACUAUUAUAUUAAUCUGACAGUCCACAACAAUCACAUUGUUGUGUGAAUGUAACCAUACAGCAACAAACAUCGUAAUAGUAAUAAUUAUAUAAAUAAUGUUUUAAUUGUGUCUGAAUUAAGACUAAUCAGAGAUUGUUUGUGGAUGACAUGGAGUCACUGACCAAAUCACUACAGUAUCAAAAAAGAGGGAUCAAAAAGCAGGACUCGUGCUAAAGAUGCCAUGAUAAUAAUACAGUACAAUUGUUACUCAACAGGCAAGGAUAUAGCGCAGUGGUCACCAAACUACGGCCCGCGGGCCGGAUACGGCCCGUCAGCACAUUUGGCCCGGCCCUCUGAACAAUACCAGAGACGCUAUCGAAUUUUUUUCCUAUUUGGCCUCCAGAAAAAAAAUCCUAGGCCCGGCCCUGUCAAAGAGAGAACGGAAUAAUGGCGAAAAGGUUAGGUAAGAGAAAAAUUGAUUCAGAAUGCGUUCGGGCCAGCUUUCGGGUUGCUAAACUGAUAGCAAGAAGCGGUAAGCCUUUCACUGACGGAGAGUUUGUUAAGAAAUGUAUGGAUGCUGUCGCGGAGGAGGUGUGUCCCGAGAAGAAAGAUGCAUUUAAUGCCGUAAGUCUGUCGGCGAGUACAAUCACCAGACGCGUUGAAGAAAUCGGGAGUAAUGUAUAUGCCCAGCUGCAGCAGAAGACGAAAGAAUUUGACUUUUUUUCAUUAGCACUGGAUGAGAGCACAGACGUGCAAGACACAGCGCAACUGCUCAUUUUUAUUCGUGGAGUUAGCGCAAACUUUGAGAUAUGCGAGGAGCUGGCAGCCCUCCAAAGUCUCAAAGGGACUACAACGGGAGAGGAUAUUUUUGACAAAGUGUGCCAAACCAUGGAGAAGUUGGACCUGGACUGGUCAAAGCUAGCUAGCAUCACGACUGACGGGGCUCCUAGCAUGGUGGGCGAAACUCGCGGUCUAAUAGGACGCAUGAACCGGGAGUUGGAAAAAAGGGGUCUCACCGCCCCUCUACGAGUCCACUGCCUAAUUCACCAGCAAGCACUGUGCUGCAAAGUGUUGAAGUGGGAUUCUGUAAUGAAGGUUGUGGUGUCGUGCAUAAACUUCAUCAGAGCAAAGGGACUUAAACACAGGCAGUUCCAAAAAUUCCUGUCUGAACUGGAGUCUACGCACGGAGAUGUGCUGUACUACACAGAGGUCCGAUGGCUGAGCCGGGGCAGAGUUUUGAGGCGUUUUUACGAGCUGCUACCCGAAAUUAACGCAUUUCUUCAUUUAAAAGACAAAACGGUCCCAGAGCUGAUCGACCCAGAAUGGAAAUGGCACCUCGCAUUUUUAACAGACGUGACAGAAAUACUUAACAGCCUUAACUUGCAGCUACAAGGCGAGGGGAACUCAUUUGCGACAUGUAUUCACACAUAAAAGCAUUUGAGGUGAAAUUAGCGCUGCUUUUGGAACAAGUGAAAAAGCGCAACUUCGUCCAUCUUCCUGCUACCCAAAACCUGUCGACAGAGAACCCAGCGGUCCCGUUCCCAGCUGAAAAGUGCGUGGAAGCACUGGAAAUGCUGAAGGCGGAGUUCGGUGUGCGAUUCAGUGAACUACAUGUUCAUGCAAAAGAAAUCCGUCUUUUUCAGAACCCCUUUGUUGCCGACAUUGAUGAAGCCCAGCCUUCAUAUCAGUUUGAGUUGGCUGAGUUACAGAACUGUGAUGUUCUGAAAGACGCAUUCAAGCCCAACAGUCUCAUUGACUUCUAUGCCGCCCUCCCAAACGACACAUAUCCAAACAUCAAAAAACACGCAAUGAAAAUGUCCACAGUUUUUGGCAGCACGUAUAUCUGCGAGAAAACCUUUUCUCGCAUGAAACUGCUGAAAACCCCGAUGAGAUCAAGAUUGACAGAUGAACAUUUGCAUCAGUGCUUGAGACUGGCUGUAACUAGAAUGGAACCUGAUAUUCAACUUCUCACCAGCCAGAUGCAGGCCCACAGUUCACACUGAUGAACAUACAUAGAUAGGGAAGUUGAUGAGAGAGAGCUGCAAACAGCGGUGUCUACAAGCCUACUGGAACCUACAAAAGGAUUAUAAGGAAGGAACACAAUAACUUUAAGAGACUGCUCAUAUGUGUCAGAGAGAUUCUGCUCUGACAACUGAGCUGAACUUUUAUCUGUUAAGAUUGUGCAUGGCACGACAGAAAGUUAAUGUUCCAUGGCUUUUUUUUCUAUGAAGAACCCAGAGAGAGUUAUUUAGUUAUUAUUUAUUUCCUGUUUUUUCUGUGAAGAACUCAGAGAGGGUUAUUUAGUUAUUAUUUAUUUCAUUAAUAGUGUUAUUAUUUGUUUCCUGACUUUUUUUCUGUAAAGAACCUGGAAAGGGUUAUUUGGUUAUGUGUGGCUUUCUGGAAAACAAUAAAAAUUUUAAGCUCCC